AUGUCCUACAGCGGCGCGUCGCGAAAUGUCGAUAUGACUAGAACCGAGACGGACCUCUCAAUCAACAUUAAGAAAGCUACCAAUAUUGAGGAAAAGGCCCCUAAACGGAAGCAUGUCCGGUCGUGCAUCGUCUACACCUGGGAUCACAAAUCAUCGACAUCGUUUUGGUCAGGCUUGAAAGUGUUACCCAUCUUACAAAGCGAAGUUCAGACCUUCAAAGCCUUGAUCUGCAUCCAUAAAGUUCUCCAAGAAGGCCAUCCAGUCACAAUCAGAGAAGCGCAUGCCCAUACCGGGUGGCUGGAAUCACUUACUAACGGGACCUCCGAUGAAGGCAUUCGGGGUUAUGGACCAUUGAUUCGGGAAUAUGUCUAUUUCCUUUUGGCCAAGCUUGCAUUCCACCGGCAUCACCCGGAGUUCGAUGGUGUAUUUGAUUAUGAAGAAUAUAUCAGUCUUAAAACGAUCAAUGAUCCAAAUGAAGGAUACGAGACAAUUAUGGAUUUGAUGACUCUGCAAGACCAAAUUGAGACUUUCCAAAAACUAAUUUUCUCUCAUUUCCGGCAUGGUGUUGACAAUGAAUGUCGUAUUUCUGCUCUGGUACCAUUGGUUCAGGAAAGUUAUGGAAUCUAUAAAUUUAUCACCAGCAUGUUGAGGGCUAUGCAUCAAACGACUGGUGAUGAUGAUGCUCUCGCACCUUUGCGGGAACGCUACAACGGUCAACAUUAUCGUUUAGUCCGGUUUUACUACGAGUGCUCAAAUCUUCGAUACUUGACUGAGUUGAUAUCUCCACCGAAGUUGCCGCAGGAUCCGCCCAAUUUGCUGGGCAAUGGAGAGACUGCCCCGGCUCUUCCACGUAGGCCAGUUGAGGCCCAGGAAACCGCACCUCCGCCCCCGCCUCCUCCAGCACAACCAGAAGCUGAGGCAAUUUCUGAUUUCUGGUCAAGUGAAAAGCUGCAACAGCAACAGCGGGAUUAUGAGGAACAACAAAACCAAUUGGAGCUGCAAAGAGCGGAAGAGCUUCGGCGACAACAAAUGCUAGCAAUGCAACAGCAAGCUCAGUUCGAAGAGAUGCAGAGGCAACAAAUGGAGCAGCAGCGGUUAGCUCAAGAGCAAUUAAUGAGAGAUCAAAUGGCGAGACAAGCUCAAGGGCAUGUUGCAGAACUCGAACGACAAUUGCUAGAAUAUAAAGGACACCACGAUCAGCAUUUGCUAUUGCUCGAAUCGUAUGAUCAAAAAGUAAAAGCUUUGGAGAGUGAAAUUGCAAAUCUUCAAUCCAACAUCGGACAGCAACUAGCGUCUAAGGAUGAUCUAAUCAGGUCUUUGCAGGAGCAAGUGAACAUGUGGAAGAAUAAGUACGAGGCUUUAGCAAAGCUUUACUCCCAGCUUCGGCACGAACACUUGGAGUUGCUUGGUAAAUUCAAACAAAUCCAGCUCAAGGCUGCAUCCGCACAAGAGGCAAACGAUAAACGAGAAAAAUUGGAGCGAGAAAUGAAAUCCAAAAAUCUUGAGCUGGCAGACAUGAUUCGAGAACGAGAUCGUGCAUUAUACGAUCUAGACCGUGUUAAAGGAACCCAGAAAGAAGAGGUUGAAAAGGUUCGAAGAGAGCUUCGAUUUGCUCAAGAAAAAGCCGAAAAUAACGAAAAAUCCAAAGGCACUGAACUCUCAGCCUUGCUAUCUCGACACAACAGAGAAAUGGCGGAAAUGGAAGAGCUGUUGCGUAGUAAGCAACGAGCCUUGGACGAACUACAAUCUAGAGUUGGUGACAGAGACCAUGACAUGGAGAGACGAUUACGGGAGAAGGAGGAAGAACUAGAGAUAUUCAAGGCAGGGAUGGAUCAGACUCUCCUGGAGCUCAACGAAAUGCGAUUGCACAACAACGAGAGCGAUAUUGUUCUAGAAGCACAAAUUGACGGGGUAAUUUUAGAUCAAUUGAAGAGAUUGACAGAAAUCAUAGAUUCUGUAUUACAGAGCGGUGUUCAGCGAGUGGACGACGCUUUGUACGAGCUUGAGUCUCCCAUGAAUGCAGGAAACCAGAGCGCAUCGCCGGGCUAUCUUCUCUCACAGGUAGAGAAAGCCCAGCUUAGCGCUACGGAAUUUGCCACCCAAUUUAACAACUUUGUUGUUGAUGGCCCCAAUAGCCCUCAGUCUUCAAUCAUCAAGACGCUUCAUGUCUUUGCGGGAGCAAUCUCGGAUGUGUUGGCCAAUGCUAAAGGUGUUACACGAUUAGCCACUGACGAGAAUAAAAGCGAUGCCAUCAUGGCAGCAGCAAGACAAUCUGCGAAUACUAGUGUCAAGUUUUUCCAGAACCUCAUGUCUUUCCGUUUGGACGGGCUGAGCCAAGAUCAGAAGAUGGAUGUCGUUGUAUCCAGUAAUUUGGAAGUUCAAAAGAACCUCCAGAAAUUGACGAAACUUGCCGAACAGUUCAUGACCAAAGGGGCUGAUCUGUCAAAGGCUAGUGGAGACAUUGGUGAUCUUGUGGACAAUGAGCUCAGUAAGGUUGCGGACGCUAUCGAUGCCGCUGCGGCACGCUUGGCCCAACUCAUGAAGAAGCCGAAAGAUGCCUUUUCGACUUUUGAGAUUAGAAUCCAUGACUCAAUCUUGGACGCUGCAAUUGCAGUUACGAAUGCAAUUGCUCAGCUCCUCAAGGCUGCCACUAUCUCUCAAAAAGAGAUUGUGGCCCAAGGCAAAGGAAACAGUUCUCGGACUGCUUUCUACAAACGAAACAAUCGUUGGACAGAAGGGUUGAUCUCCGCUGCCAAGGCAGUGGCUACCUCCACCAAUAUGCUUAUCGAAACAGCCGAUGGUGUGCUUAGUGGACGUAACAAGCUGGAGCAAUUGAUUGUCGUUGCCAAUGAUGUUGCCGCUUCAACUGCGCAGCUUGUCGCAGCUUCUCGGGUCAAGGCGUCUUUCAUGUCUAAAUCGCAAGAACGUCUGGAAACUGCCUCAAAGGCCGUGACAGGCGCGUGCAGAUCACUGGUCAAACAGGUUCAAGAAAUCAUUGCGGCAAAGAAUAAUGAUGAGAAUGAGGCUAUGGAUUACUCCAAACUCAGUGGAUACGAGAUUAAGGUCCAAGAGAUGGAACAACAGGUUGAAAUCAAAGAACUCGAAAACAGACUAAGGCCUUGGAAUGAAUGUCAUGUGGAAUAUAUUUUUUACUCUUCUUAA